AUGGAGCCGUUCAAAUUGAUGGACACUCCGUUCCUGGUAUUCCAAAAGAUUAUAAAACAAAUGGAAAUUAUUGAGGCGUUGGAAAUGUCUCAAACAUCGAAAAGAAUGUUCGGUUUCAUCAAAUUUUCGAGACGUCAAAUCCAGCCAAUUCAACUGUUUAAAGGGGACCAGCGUCGGUCGAUAAGUGUAUUUGAGAAGAAUGACGAGAAUCCCAAAUGUACUAUUUAUUUGAAAAGGGAGGAAAUGGAAAAGGAUGUGAUGAGACAGUUGAGAUUGAAAGACACAGUUUUAGAUUUUCGGUUGGAUGAUGAAAAACAAUUGAGUUGCUAUCUCCACAGAGACUCAACAGAGGAAGACAUUGAUUCUCAAUUAGUGCAUCUCUUCAAUUAUCUAUCGGAUCUUUUCAAUAAUAAGACUGUCACUGUCUGGAUUCGACCAUCUCUAGUUGAAACUUCUCAUGUCUUAUUUUCGAAUCUCCAGUUUGAAAGUUGCCAACUUUUAAAAAUUCUCGAGGACGAUCCUCUUAUUUUAUCGAACGAGGAUAUGACACGACUACUGGAAGUUUGGAAGCCAACUAUUGGGAUUACAAUAAAAUGUAGUGUCGAGGAAAACUUUGGUCCGAGAAACAUUCUGAGUCUCCCACGGCUCUGUAUUAUCAAUGCUCGAUGGGUCACUUUCGAUGAUCUACUGAAUAUGGAAUGUAAGAUGAUAUUUUUACAAAAUCAUUCAUUCACAGAGGAAGACGUCAAAAAGUUUAUAAACCACUGGAUGGCUGGGAGUAAUCCGAAACUGAUGCAUCUCAGACUAAUGGGGUUCAAUUUGACGCCGAAUUGGGAGCACAUUCUGGAAGGGAUUGAAUAUAGAGUUUGGGAUGAGAAAGAAAAGACCAAGAAAUUUCAAAGAGGAAUGGAACGAUUCUUGCGACUCGGUGGUCUCGGCGGCGGACUCGGACAAUUCGGCGCGAAUCCACAGGAUUCGAAUCAAGUGGACACCUCCGAGACGGUAUAUAUCUCGUCACUGGCACUCCUGAAGAUGCUCAAACACGGAAGAGCCGGAGUACCGAUGGAGGUGAUGGGUCUGAUGCUUGGAGAAUUCGUCGACGACUACACUGUCAACGUCAUCGACGUUUUCGCAAUGCCACAGUCCGGAACGGGAGUGUCCGUUGAAGCCGUCGAUCCAGUAUUCCAAGCGAAGAUGCUCGAUAUGCUCAAGCAGACGGGUCGCCCCGAAAUGGUCGUCGGAUGGUACCAUUCCCAUCCUGGAUUCGGUUGCUGGCUGUCUGGAGUCGAUAUCAACACCCAGCAGUCGUUCGAAGCGCUCUCCGAUCGUGCAGUCGCCGUCGUUGUGGACCCGAUUCAGUCGGUGAAGGGAAAAGUGGUCAUCGACGCGUUCAGGACCAUCAAUCCACAGUCGAUGGCACUCAAUCAGGAGCCACGUCAGACGACGAGUAAUUUGGGACACUUGCAGAAGCCAAGCAUACAGGCGCUGAUUCAUGGUCUCAAUCGUCACUACUACUCGAUUCCGAUCGCCUACCGAACACACGAUCUCGAACAAAAGAUGCUUCUGAAUCUCAACAAAUUGUCGUGGAUGGACGCAGUGAGUGUGGAGAACUACACAAAGUGUGGCGAGGCGAACAAGGAGCAUCUGAAGGCGAUGUUGAAACUGGCGAAGAACUAUAAGAAGGCGUUGGAGGACGAGAAGAACAUGACGGAUCAGGAGCUCGCGAUCAAGAACGUCGGAAAAAUGGAUCCAAAGCGACAUAUCGCUGAUGAAGUGAGCAAGAUGCUCAACGAUAAUAUUGUGCAGAGCCUCGCUGGAAUGAUGGCCACCACUUCUCUCCAAUAA